CUCAUUUUGCCAGAAUUAAUUCAGUACGAUGUAUGCAAGAAAAAUAAUCUCCCUCUACUUCACUGAUCUUUUCUCCGUAGCGCCCAUUCUACUACUCCUAUAUGGGUUUGACACCAAAGCCGACGACGCCGGCCGGAAAAUGGCUUGGAUUCGUCACGGCCGUAUGGAUGCAAUCCAUCAGCGGCAUCAUCUACGGCUUCUCCAACUACUCCGACGCCCUCAAGGCCCUCAUGAACCUAACCCAACUCCAACUCAACAACCUCUCUGUCGCCAAAGACGUCGGGGUCGCCUUCGGCCUCCUCCCCGGCCUCGCCUCCGAUCGCAUCCCCUCCCCUCUCCUCCUCCUCAUCGGCGCCUUGGAAGCUCUCAUCGGUUACGGCGUCCUGUGGCUCGUUACUGCCAAAAUCAUCAAUCCUCUUCCCUAUUGGCUGAUGUGUGUAAUUCUAGGCAUAGCAGGGAAUAGUGGAACAUGGAUGAACACGGCCGUACUCGUGCCUUGCAUGCGGAAUUUCAGAAAAAACAGGGGACCCGUAUCGGGCAUUCUCAAGGGAUACUUUGGUUUAAGCACGGCAAUUCUGACGGAUUUAUGCGCAGCUCUGUUUUCCGACGACCCGUCGAAGUUCCUCUUCAUGUCCGCCGUCGUCCCCUUGCCGGUGUGCCUCGCCGCCGCCCUCUUCCUCCGCGAGAUCCCGCCUUCCUCCACCCCCGCCGAGGAGAGCGAAGAAGCCCGUUACUUCGGAAUCACCAACGCCCUCGCCGUUAUCCUCGCCGUUUACCUCUUGGUGUACGACGUCACCGGGACCCACAGCAGCGCUGUCUCGUUUCUAUUCGCUGUUGUUCUUCUCAUCCUCUUGGCCUCCCCUUUGUGGAUACCACUUUAUCUUGUAAUCAAGAGUUUGGUUCCAUCUCGGUCCGAAUCGGAUUCGGACAACAUGGAGGGUUAUAACCUCGUGAAUGAACCGUUUUUGUUGGGUGAAGAGAGUGUUGAAGAAGCUGAGAAGAAGCGGGAGAUGGCGGCGGGGGCCGCGGUGGCGGGUGAGCGGAGACGGCCGCCCGUGAUCGGAGAGGACCACACGAUUUUCGAGGCGUUUCAGACGGUUGAGUUCUGGAUCCUGUUCGGGUCGUUUUUGUGCGGAGUGGGGACGGGUUUGACGGUUAUGAAUAAUAUGGGGCAAAUCGGGCAGGCACUCGGGUACGGUGAUGUGUCCAUAUUCGUAUCGCUCAUCAGUAUAUUCGGGUUCUUCGGGCGGAUCAUUUCCGGUACUGUUUCGGAGUACUUCAUCAAGAUAGCAGGAACACCAAGGCCUCUUUGGACUGCAGCUUCUCAAAUUGUCAUGGCCGUUGGUUACGUUAUCAUGGCCAUGGCUUUGCCGGGUUCUCUGUACGUCGGCUCAAUAUUUGUCGGAGUAUGCUAUGGGGUCCGAUAUGCUAUCAUGGUUCCCACUGCCUCUGAAUUAUUCGGCCUCAAAUACUACGGUCUCAUCUACAAUAUUCUAAUCCUCAACCUUCCGCUCGGCUCCUUCCUCUUUUCUGGCCUUCUUGCUGGAUACUUUUACGAUGCGCAGGCUACAAGCACAGCUGGAGGCGGCAACAGUUGCACUGGGGCACAUUGUUAUAGGCUGGUGUUUGUGAUCAUGUCCAUUGCCUGCAUAAUUGGGUUCAGUUUGGAUGUUUUAUUGGUGAUUAGGACGAAGAACGUCUAUGCUAAGAUUUAUGCUAGUAUGGCAUAGACUUAACUAACGGUAACGACAGGUGUGAUCAAAUCAUCAGUUUCAACAUGUAUCAUAGGAAAUUCAAUAUGUUCCUCCUCAAAUCCAAAAUUCAUGGGUUGUUAUGCACUCUCAUUACUUUCAACAUCCUCAAUAAAUUAGACAUUAUCCGUCUCAA